GCGCUCUCUGUCUCCCUCCAACGAGAAUAGGAAAAGCCCGCUGAAUCCAAAACACUGCGAAGACGUUGGAACUUAGACGUUACUCGAACGAUCUCCGCAACAGACAGAGAGAGAGAGAGAGAGAGAGAGGUGGAUUGCUUGCUUAUCCUCGAUCAGGCCUCAUUCAUUCACGCAUUCGCUGUUACCCUUUUCUUCGCUUUCUAGUAAAGCACAGCACACAGAGAGAUACAGAGAAAAAGAAAGAUUUCUUAAAUCUUCAAAAGGUUAGCUUUUGGGUAUAUUCUGCAUGAAAGAAUUAUUUCUUAUUCUCCUAUAGUACCAGAACAAGUCGCGGACCUUUUUGUUGAGUUUACAACAUUUCAGUCAAUGGUUAAGGCACCAGAGGGAGGUGAUUCUGUGGGAAAACCAGCUGUUCUACAUGGUGGACAAAAUAAACACCCUGAUUUUCGAAGGGCUUCUAGUAGAUCUUACGGUGAUGGAGGUAAUUUGAGACGACACUAUGUGGGAAAUUCAUCUACUCCAAACUAUGGACAAAAUAUCCUUCCCUCUCGUUUCAGAGCUUCUACUGGUUCAUUACAUGAUGUGGCUAGUUCAGGGAGAAACUCUACUGGAAACCCAAGUUCUCUGAACAGUAGGGAAAGUGUUAUCCCGCAUUAUCUCAGAGCUUCUACUGGUUCUUGCCAUGAUUUCUGUAAAUAUGGAAGGAAACAUGCAGUUGAAGUGAAGCCAAGGAGUUCUUUUCCAAAAAGAAUAAUAACAACUCCAUCGGAUAGGCAGAGUCCAGCAGAAUCUGGAGUUCCAGCAGAGAGGACAACAAAGAAAGUGGUGAAGCCUAAGCCUUCUAUUGUUUCCAAAACCGUUUAUUCUGAUUCUCCCAACAUUCCUAAGCACAAAGUUUCAUCAACAUCAACAGAAGUUGGAGUUUCUUCUACACAAGCUUCAUCAAAUGAGAAGCAAAAUAAUUUUUUGGGAAAACGCAAUCCUUCUGCUAAACCAAAAACCAUGAAAGUGAAGCCAUUGUAUACUUCUGAUGCUGCAGGGAGUCUGAAUGGCGGAAGAGAAAGGGAAACCAAGAUAGGCAAAAAGAUAGGGAGUUCUAAAGCAGUUUUGAAGAAGGUACUCAAAUCACCAGCAGCUUCGCUCUUCCCCAAACCUUCCCUGAAUAGAACUGCAAGCUUAACUGUUGAAAACUCCAGAAGCCUGAGAAUUUUGUGUCCUCCAAAGGAUCAGAAGAGGAUUCGAAAACCUGAAGCCAAACAACCAAACAAUGAGAAAGUCCCAGAGAAAACCUUGAAUGCUACCAAGGUUGAAACUCUGAAUAAAGCUCUGGAAUCUGAACAAAGUGCUGGAACCAUUCAUUCUCCCCCGUCUCCAGUGCUUCCAUUACCGAAGCUUUUGUCCCUCCCCAAAUCCCCACCAACUUUAUUUCAUGUUGAUGAAGCUCAAGAGGAGUUUGAAAUCACAGAUAGUACUAUUCAUUUUCCUCCACCUCAAUCGCUGUCAUCGCCUAAGCUUUCAUCUCUGCCAAAAUCCCCAUCAACUUCAGUUCAUGAGGAUGAAGCUCAAGAGGAGUUUGAAAAAACAGAUUGCACCAUUCACUCUCCUCCACUUCAAUCACUGUCAUCACCCAAACUUUCGCCCCUCACAAAAUCCCCAUCUUUGUCAUGUCACGAGGAUGAAGCUCAAGAAGAGUUAGAAUACACGCAUGGUACAACUCAUUCUCCUUCACCUCAAUCGUUGUCAUCACCUAAGCUUUCCUCUCUCCCAAAAUCCCCAUCUUUGUCAUUUCAUGAGGAUGAAGCUCAGGAGGAGUUUGAGAUCGCAGAUAGUACCGUUCAUUCUCCUCAACCUCAUUCGCUAUCAUCACCUAAGAUUUCAUCCUUCCCACAAUCCCCAUCUUUGUCAUGUCGCGAGGGUGAAGCUCAAGAGGAGUUAGAAUGCACAGAUAGUACCAUUCAUUCUUCUCCACCUCAAUGGCUGUCAUCACCCAAUCAUUCAUCCCUCCCCAAAUCCCCAUCCUUAUCUUUUCAUGAGGAUGAAGCUCAAGAGGAGUUUGAAGUCACAGAUUGUACCAUUCAUUCUCCUCCACCUCCAUGCCUGUCAUCACCUAAGCUUUCGUCCCUCCCCCAAUCUCCAUCUUCAUCAUUUCAAGAGGGUGAAGCUCAAGAAGAGUUUGAAUACACAGAUAAUACUAUCCAUUCUCUUGCACCUCAACCACUGUCAUUACCAAUUCUUCCCUCCCUGCCGAAACCUCCAUCUUUGUCAUCUCAUGAGGAUGAAGCUCAAGACUUGGUAUGCACAGACAGUGCCGUUCUUUCUCCGCUGCCUCAGUCACCAUCAUCACCCAGAUUUUCAUCCCUCCCAAAAUCUCCCUCUUUGUCAUGUCACGAGGAUGAAGCUCAUGGGGAGUUUGAAUACACAGAUAGUGAGGCAGAUGAAUAUGAUGACUCUAUCUCCGAAAGCAGCGAUAUUAUGGACUUGCACGAUGCAGAAAUUUUAGAUGGGAAUCUCAACAGGGUACCUAAAAAGGCUGGAAUUAGUCUGUCUGAAGAUAAAGAUUGUGUGCCUAUAAAAUUAAAGUUCAGGCGGGGAAAGGUGGUUGAACUUACUAAAGAGAAUAGCGGCCCUAGGAGGCUCAGAUUCAGGCGGGGAAGAGUGAUAGGGGAAAACCAAGAUACCAACACCGAUUUUCGAAGGAGAAAAUUUAAAGAGAGAGGAGUUGAUCUUCAAACAAAUGGUACAAAUGGUGAUUCUGGAAAAGUUGUUUUGAGGCAUCAAGAUGCGGAGGAGAAGAAAGAUGCACUUGGUUUGUUCAAUAACGUGAUUGAAGAGACGGCGAGUAAGCUUGUUGAGAGUAGGAAGAGUAAGGUUCAGGCUUUGGUGGGUGCGUUUGAAACAGUUAUAUCCCUACAAGAGAGUAAACCUUCAACACAAACUGUCUCUUGAGGGCAAGCCAAGUUUUUCCUCGUUGUUUUGCUUUUGUAAAGAAAUGGUACAAAAAAAUAACCUCAGUUUUUAAUGGAGGACUGAAUUUUAGGAACUUGUGAAUUUGCAAUAAGUAGAUUGCUUCAGCUGAGUUUAGAAAGCUUGGAUUUCAGAGAGUUGAUUUGGAACUCACUCGUUCUGAUUCUGACCUGCUUCGCAUCCAUUUCUCAAGGGGGAAUGCUUCUUCUUGUGUCUUACUUUUCUCUUUUUGUUAAUCUGCAUUGUGAGUGAAAUUUAGUACUCUCUUAACUUCAUCUACUACUAGAAGGGGAAGAAAAAUAACAAUGCAAUUUGACUGUUUUUGUUGGUUGUUGA